CUCAUUCAAUCACUGGGCGCGCCUCUUGAACGAUCCAAAGAAAACGACUUAGACCCUUCGCUUAUUUAUACUCUCUCUCUCUCACACACACACAGAUCAAAGGAGGAAAAUCAAUCAAUCAAACGAACAAAAAGGAUGCAAGCUUUCUCUCUGUUUAUCAAUGUUCUGCUCAUCGUUUUGGCAAUAGGCUACAUCGAUGCCUUUACCAGAAACGAUUUUCCAGAGGAUUUCCUCUUCGGAUCCGCCACUUCCGCUUACCAGUGGGAAGGAGCUGUUGAUGAAGAUGGAAGGACUCCUAGCGUUUGGGAUACUUUCGCCCACUCCUCUAAUUACUUAGGAAAUGGAGAUAUAGCAUGUGAUGGAUAUCACAAAUACAAGGAAGAUGUUAAGCUCAUGGCAGAAAUGGGUUUAGAAGCAUUCAGAUUCUCUAUCUCUUGGACAAGGCUAAUACCUAAUGGAAGAGGACCCAUUAACCCUAAAGGUCUAUUGUUUUAUAAGAACCUCAUCAAAGAACUACGAACUCAUGGAAUCGAACCACACGUUACACUUUACCAUUAUGAUCUUCCUCAAACUUUUGAAGAUGAGUACGGAGGAUGGAUCAACCGUAAAAUCAUAGAAGACUUCACUGCUUUUGCAGAUGUAUGCUUCAGAGAGUUUGGUGAUGAUGUGAAGCUUUGGACUACAAUUAACGAAGCAAACAUAUUCGCCAUUUCUUCUUAUAGCGAAGGAUUUGCACCACCAGGACACUGCUCUCCUAACUCAUUCUUUAAUUGCUCUACUGGAAACUCUUCUACUGAACCAUAUCUUGCAGGCCAUAACAUGUUGUUAGCUCAUGCCUCUGCGUCCAAAUUGUAUAAACUAAAAUACAAGAAUAAGCAGAGAGGAACUAUAGGCUUUAGCAUAUAUGCAUUCGGGUUAACUCCCUAUAGUUACUCCAAGGAAGAUGAAGUUGGAACUGAGAGAGCUAAAGAUUUCCUCUUUGGCUGGAUGUUGAAGCCUUUGGUAUUUGGGGACUAUCCAGAUAAAAUGAAGAGAAUCUUGGGAUCCAGGUUACCUAUUUUCUCAGAGGAAGAGUCAGGGCUAGUUAAAGGAUCUUCUGACUUUUUAGGAAUUAUCCACUACAUGACAGUCUAUGUGAAAAACAGUAGUCCCACACCUUCUCUGCUUCCCAGCAGACAAAACUUCUUUACAGACAUGGGCGCUGUGACUAUCUUCAUGGGGAAUUCUACAUUCUUUGAGUGGGAUGCUAUACCAUGGGGUCUUGAAAGUGUCUUGGAGUAUAUUAAACAGAGCUAUAACAAUCCUCCAAUCUACAUUCUUGAAAACGGUAAACCAAUGAAACGUGGUUCGACGCUACAAGACACACCAAGAAUUGAAUACAUUCAAGCUUACAUUGGUGCUAUGCUCAACGCCAUCAAGAAUGGAUCAGAUACAAGAGGGUACUUUGUAUGGUCGAUGAUUGAUGUGUACGAGUUGUUGAGUGGCUACAUGUACAGCUAUGGGAUGUACGAUGUGAAUUUCAGCGAUCCUGGACUCAAGAGGUCACCAAAGCUAUCUGCUUCUUGGUACACUGGUUUCCUCAAUGGUACAGUAGAUGUUGGUCCUCGAGCUAUUACUCGGUUACAGAGCAACAUCUCGGGUUCCUCAUCGUUUUAA